AUGGACGACGACGAUGCGGAUUAUAUGCAAGGUAGCGACGACGAGGACUAUGCUUUCGAUUAUUCCGAUAACGAUGAUGCCGACGAGUCAGGCAACGCAGACGUCGAGAACAUGUACUACAAAGCUAAAGGCAAGAAGGAGGACAACCCUGAGGAAGCUCUGAAAGAAUUCCGUGCCAUCGUCGAGCAAGAGGAUGAGAAAGGGGAUUGGGGCUUCAAAGCACUGAAACAGUCCACCAAGUUGCUCUUCUUGGUAUUGCAUCGACCACAAGAAGCCCUUGGAACGUACACUCAGCUUCUCACUUACACCAAAUCGGCCGUUACACGCAAUUACUCUGAAAAGACCAUCAAUGGCAUCUUGGAUUAUGUCGGAGGUGGCAAAGGUGGUCCUAUAGAAGUCGAUAUCUUGGAGAGUUUCUAUCAGGUCACUAAAACAGCGUUGGAGGAUGCGAAGAACGAGCGACUGUCAGUCAAGACGAACCUCAAACUUGCCAAGCUUUGGCUAGAUCGUAAAGAGUUCGGCCGCCUGUCCAAGCUCAUUCGUGAUCUGCAUAGUGCUACUGCGGCAAGCGGCGAUGGCGACGAGCAAGCUCAACGCGGAACUCAGCUCCUCGAAAUUUACGCGCUCGAAAUUCAGAUGUACAACGAGACCCGUAAUUUCAAGAAGCUCAAGGAAAUAUACAACGCGACGAACAACGUCAAAUCAGCUAUACCGCAUCCUCGCAUCAUGGGCGUCAUCAAAGAGUGUGGCGGAAAGAUGUGGAUGGGAGAACGCCAAUGGAACAGAGCCAGUGAAGACUUCUUCGAAUCUUUCCGCAACUACGAUGAAGCUGGCUCACCUCAACGAAUACAAGUACUGAAAUACUUGGUACUGGCGAACAUGCUUACAGGAAGUGAAGUCAAUCCCUUCGAUAGUCAGGAGACUAAGCCGUACAAGAACGACCCUCAAAUCAAGGCCAUGACAGAUCUUGUAGAUGCAUAUCAGCGUCGAGAGGUUCAUUCUGCAGAGAAGAUCCUGAAAGACAAUCGUUCGACAAUCAUGGACGAUGCCUUCAUUCGUUCGUACAUAGGAGAAUUACUUCGCAGUCUCCGCACCCAGUACCUCAUCGACCUCAUCAAGCCAUAUACACGAUUAGAGCUUUCUUUCUUGGGAAAGCAAUUGAAUGUCCCCAUUGAUGAAGUCGAAGAGUUGCUCAUUGGACUAAUAUUGGAAGGAAGGGUGGAAGGAAGGAUCGAUCAAGUGGGAAUGCGUCUAGAACUGGAUCGCAAGCAAAGCCUCGAGAAAAAGCGAUACACAGCCCUGCAGAAGUGGACCGAUGCUCUGGAGUCAGUUCAUAAUGCAGUGAUCACGAAAACGAGUACAGGAGGACGGUCUGUAGAUCCAACACUGGGGGACUUUGCUGGCGCCCGAGACGAUCGUUGGAGUUGA